AUGGCCGAACCACCGCCUCGCAAGCAUCAGGUAUCUUUAAGAGGAGCAAGUGCAAGGGAGAUUUCAAGAGACGCGCUUCUCGAGAAAGUCUCCCACGAAAGAGAGCUACGCAAUUAUGCUAGACGCGCUGCUGCUUCUGCCAUCUUUAUUCAGAGAGUUUGGAGACGAUACAUUGCGACAAAGAAAGUAGCAGUUGAGCUUCAAUUAGAAUGGGAAGCAGAAGCAGCAUUGGUGAAGAAUGAUUUAACAAUAAUGAGUGUUAGCUGGAUUUCCACUCGUCUUUUGAGAUCUUUCCUUUUCUUUGUUGACAUGUUAUCGACUCGGCAUCACCAGAUUCGUGAUGCAGAUAUACCGUAUUUAAGCAAGAACUUUUGUGCCUUGGCAUUGGGCUCACCUGAAGAGAGAAGAACAUGGACUUUUCAAGCUCAGAAGUUGGUUUCUCUUUGCUCAUUUAUCCUUGCUAAAUGUGAUAAAUCUCAUGAAAGGGCUCAAGAUAUCGUGGUUCUUACAUCUCUUGCAAUGCGUCUUCUUGUUGUCUUAACUGAUCAGAAGUGUUGGAAAAGCAUUGCCAACAAUAGUCCUAAGGAUGCAGAUGUAGCAUGGAAGGAUUUGGUCAGGUUUAUGGGAAGACCUAAAAGUGGGUUGUACAUAUCUAUUAGACGAUACAUUAACAAUUUGGACACUCUUUUUUGUUCACAAACAACCACUCUGGCGCAGACAGAUGAUAGAUUCUUGAUCACUGCAAGUGCAAUAACUUUAGCUCUAAGGCCAUUUCAUGUGACAAAUUUUGAUUUUAUUGGGCCUGACACAGUGGACAUGAAUUCUGCCCCUGUGCAGCACUGUUUGUUUCUACUCACAAUUCCCUGUCUCACUCAACGUCUGCCAGCUGUUCUUCUAGCUGCUCUGAAGCACAAGUCUAUUCUCUUACCAUGUUUCCAGACUCUAUUGAUAUUGGGAGAUGAUAGUUUAAAGGAGAUGUCAGAGAUGGAUCAGUUGAAAAUCCAGCAUUCUUCCAAAGCAAUUCCGCCAGUUGGUUGGGCACUUGCAAACACCAUUUGCCUAGCCACAGGGAGCGAGAAUGAUUUUAUGGAUCCUGGAGGGCUCAAUCAAGGACUAGACUAUUCAGUUUAUGUCCAGGUUGUGAUCAUUCUUGCCGAAAACUUGUUGUCAUGCCUUGAUGGUGGUGGAUGGACUGAAAAGGAGAACCAAUAUGCUCAGGUCAUGGCAGAAACAUCUGCAGAGCCCAUUGGUGAAGCUUUGUGCGAGAGUGAAACAUGUGCCUUAAAGAUGACAUAUGUGAGCUUACUCAGACCUGUUUGUCAGCAGUGGCAUCUUACGAAACUUUUGGCAAUGACAAAGAUGGAUGCCGAUAUUUACAGGGAUGAGACUUUGCCGGCCAAAACUCUGAAAUACUCAAGAAAGUUGGAUUUGCUCGGUAUUGCAUAUUUCUAUUCUUGCAUGCUCCGAAUAUUUGCAAUCCUUAAUCCCACAGUUGGGUCGUUGCCUGUUCUCAACAUGCUGUCAUUUACUCCUGGGUUUCCCGUUACUCUAUGGGAAGCAUUGGAAAAUUUACUUUUUCCUGGACAUAGAGACAUUUCUACGGUUAAUGAUUUUCACACAAGGAAAGUUUCAGCAAAUAAAAAUGAUGGGUUUCUCAGGAAACAACAAAAACAACCCAGUAGGGAUGGAGGUAAUAAGUUGGUCAGUGUACUCCAUAAACUUACAGGAAAGUCGCAAGCAGGGGUAGAUUACGGAGAUUCAGUUGAUGGGAAACCUAGUGCACAGGUCGAUGAGGAUUUGCAUGAUGUUUGGGAUGUAGAACCCUUGAGGUGUGGGCCACAAAAGAUUUCAAGGGACAUGUCAUGCCUUCUUCAUCUGUUCUGUGGUACCUAUUCACACUUGCUGUUAAUUCUUGAUGACAUAGAGUUCUAUGAAAAACAGGUUCCGUUCAUGCUGGAGCAACAGAGAAGAAUUGCAUCAGUGCUUAAUACCUUAGUAUACAACAGCUUGGCCCACAGUACAAGUCAGCAGGAUAGAUCCCUUAUGGAUUCUGCGAUCAGAUGUUUGCAUUUAAUGUAUGAAAGAGAUUGCAGGCAUCAGUUCUGCCCUCCUAUUUUGUGGCUUUCACCUGCUAGAAAGAGCCGGCCUCCAAUUGCAGUUGCUGCCAGAACUCACGAAGCUAUUUCUGCUAAUAUAAAAUCAGAUGACAUUUUGACUGUUCCAAGCAUGGGUUCUGUAAUCACCAUUACUCCACAUGUAUAUCCAUUUGAAGAAAGGUAA